AUGCACUGCAGCUGUUUGGCAGAUGGCAUGCCUGCUGUCCCCAGCAACUACUGGAUCUCAGGCUUAGCCUUCCCUGACUGGGCCUACAAAGCGGAAUCGUCCCCAGGCUCCCGGCAGAUCCAGCUGUGGCACUUCAUCCUUGAGCUGCUACAGAAGGAGGAGUUCCGCCAUGUCAUUGCCUGGCAGCAGGGCGAGUACGGGGAGUUUGUCAUCAAGGACCCAGAUGAGGUGGCCCGCCUCUGGGGCCGCAGGAAGUGCAAACCACAGAUGAAUUAUGACAAGCUGAGCCGGGCCCUCAGAUAUUAUUACAACAAGAGGAUUCUACAUAAGACCAAAGGCAAGAGAUUCACGUACAAGUUCAACUUCAGCAAGCUCAUCGUAGUCAACUACCCUUUGUGGGAGGUGCGGGCACCACCAUCACCCCACUUUCUGCUGGGGACACCUGCCAUGUGCCGGCCAGCACUAGUGCCCAUGGGCAUGCAGAGUGAGCUCCUACACAGCAUGCUGUUCACUCACCGGGCCAUGGUGGAGCAGCUGACCGGGCAGCGGACCCCUCGAGGGCCAGCAGGGGCCUCCGGAGAUAAGAAGGGAAGCAGCAGCAGUGACCCCCGACUUGGAUCUGCCCCAGGUCCCUGUCGGCUGGGUCCCUGCUGUGAUUUCAGAACACUCCAAGAUGAGCUGCCCAGUUUUGCUUCUUUCACCCCUCCCCUACCUCCCCUUCUCCCCUCAGACUGGACCCGUCUCUCAGGGCCCUUCUUGCCUCCUCCCCCCACAGAGCAACAGCUCCUGGGGUCCUCGAAGUCAGACACCCUGCUCCCAGGCCCCAGCUGCCCCCCAGUGGCUGGACAUUUUCCAGGACUCCCCUUGGCGGUGGGGCUGGGACAGGGGACAGACGAAAGGCUUCAGCUCCUAUCCCUGCAGCCUGAGGGGCUCAGGGGAAAGCUUGAUCCUAUGAUGGCGGCAAAAGGAGCCCUAGAUCCCCAAGACAGCUUCUCCUCUAAGGCUCAUGGACUCAAAACUGGUGAGAAAAGCUCUGUGUCCCCCAACCUGGAGACUUUCAAAGCAGUGUGGCCCUUGGAUCCUCCUUAA